AUGAAGUCUAAACAACCAUCCGAUAGUCAAAAACGUAAAAAGAGAAAACUAGAAGAAGAAAAGAGAAAGACCGACGUCGGUGCUCUAGAUAAGUUUAUUCAUAGACAACCUGUUGAAGAGCAUGUUGAAGAGCAUGUUGAACACCAAGAAAAUGUAGAAGUAGAAGUAGAAGACGUAGAAUUCAACAUCAAGAAAAUGUGGGAAAAACUUAAUUAUGAAGAGCUUAAACUUUUGGUUGAGAGAGGUCCUAAAAGAGAUACUAGUAAUAUGUAUGGUCCCUACGAUAAAUCUGGUAGACGAUUUUCUACAGCUUUAUAUACAAAAACUUUACCAAAUUUGGAGAAGUGUGAUAAAGAAUGGCUAGUAUAUUCGAAAGAUCUCGACAAAGUAUUUUGUUUUUGUUGUAAAGUGUUUAGAAAAGGGAUUUCUAAAGGUAAAUUAGGUGACGAAGGUUAUUCGGAUUGGUACCAUGUUACCAGUAGAGUUAAAGAACACGAAAUUUCCUUGGAUCAUCUCACAAAUAGGAAUAAGUGGUUUGAUAUGCGUAAAAGAUUUAACUUAAAUGAAACAAUUGAUAAAGUUCAAUACGAGCAAUUCAAGAAAGAAAGAGAUUACUGA